AUGGUGAGGACUCACUCACCGGUCUUGAAUGAUGACAGUUCCCUUUGCCACUCGACGGAGACUCUGUCAUCUGUACCCAAAUCGGUAAAACCACAGGUGGAGCCACUCACAAAGCCCAAGCUUAAAAAGCUGAUCGAGGGUGCAGAGGUGAUAGCCCACUCAUCACCGACACGCAGUCAACGCAACUUCCUGCCCUUGAUAUUUGAUUCCACAAGGUCAAAAUCCAAAGUAAGCGACUGGAUGAGAUUAGGCUGGGAUCCUGAAGAUGGGAAAACUCAGGGGGAGAGUUGUGAUGCCAGUGGGGAAUACACCACAGAGGAAGAGGGUCACUCUGCCCAUUCGUCUGGGGACUUCCACACUAGUGUCAUCAACUGCCACCAGAGUGCAGAGCUGAUACCUACAUUAGACAGUCCUGUUGUUGAUAAACCUUCCCCCUCCACCAUUAUGUCAAGUUCUUCUGACCAAUUCAAAAUAUCAUCUGUGGUUCUGAGGACCAAGAGGAAGGACGGAACACCGAAACGGCCUCUGAGCGAGUCCGGAUUGCCGCAACUGCCUCCUGGUAUGGAAGAUGACAAGUUACUUCAGUCACGUUCUGAAUCUGCUUUGCAUCAGAUGGACAACACCCCCACUCAGAGUGUGAAGAUGGAUACAUCUAUGCACGGAAACUCUCUCGUCCUCAACCACAGUGGAGGAGGAUGCCAAGUCAGACUCAGGAGGGCAGUGGUGGAGGCUACAGCUCCAACUCCUUACGAAGGAGAAAAAUAAAACUCCGGAAGAGGAACCUGGGGAGAAAGAGUGACUCAGGAUCAGAUGGACACGACCCACCAUCACCGCUAAGGUGUGGGCCUGCGAUACGCCGAGUACCAACAAGUGGCACCGAGACAGAGGAAGAGGUCGAGGGGGAAAGCAAGUUGCGAUCAGUGC